CAGACAUGUAUGCAUAGAGACCCAGCAAGAUACAAACAUCGGACUGACAUGGAGACCGUAUACUGAAAUCUCAUACACAGUCAUGAAGGAACAGCUGACUGACACAGACAGGCAUAUCCUUAUGCCCGGACAUGGGCGUGAUCAACACCCCUGGCCCCAAUGCUAAACGGUAACAGGGUGCCAAAUCGACGUCCUCUCUCUUUAAACUCUCACUUUUGGCCUGUCUCUGAGAAAACCAUCUGCAAAACGAUCAACACGUACUCAACAGUUGUCAGAGUAACCACCUGAUCAACUGCUGAGUUCAUCAAUUCCUCCUCCUCAUCAUUCACAUCUUCAAGCUCUAUAGCAUUUGUAUACACAACAUCUAAAAUGUUGUGUGAAUGGACAACACCUUCCUUCUACGUUUUAUUUCCUUCCCUGCACCUCUCAGCUUCCAUCAGCGGUCCAUUCUGGUUUUAACAACAUCAAUAACAUCCCCUGCCAGAUCCUUUUCUGUGCCUGCACCAUUUACAAACAAUUUGUCUAAAUUAUAUUCAUAUUAAUUUUAAUGGACUUGGAUGCCUUUUUAACAUAAGCCAUUGCUUGUCAUUCACUUACGGAUUGUCUAAAACUGCAAAUCAAAUCAAUGAUGUGGUCCACAUUCAUCACUCAGGAUGAAGAGGUAAGGCCGGGCAAUGCACUUUCUGGUGCGCACCAACCUGCCGGUGGGCUGGAAGGGUUAAUGGGGCGCGGGCCAAGACGCAAACAGAGGCACCGAACGUUCUCCGGUUCUGGUGAUGGCAUCACCGAAAGCCAGGAGGGCAAGAUCAAACUUACAUUUUUCAUGGCCGUAACUGGCAUUAUGCUAACUGUGCUAGGGGUGGGCACUGAAUUUUGGGUGGAACUUGCACCAUCGAAGAGCUUCUUCAACAAUCAGACUUGUCUAGCUGCACAUUUUGGUGUGUGGAAAUGCUGUACUAAAACUUUCUCGGUGUCAGAUAUCGACCCUAAACGGGAGAGUUGUGGGCCGUUGGACUUACACACACAGGGAGAAUCCAACUGCACCUUCUUUAAGUUCUACACCACUGGUGAGAAUAUUGUCCUAUUUCAGAAAACACCAGAAAAAGAUCUGACAGUAGCAUCGGCCAUGUUUGCCAUAUUUAGUCUUUUCCUGAUGGCGACGGGUGCCAUCUGUAUCAUUAUGGCAAUAAGCAAAGGUGCUCAGUUCUUCUUGAAGCCAGCGUCUGUUUGCUUCAUCAUUUCAGGUGUUUUAAUCUUCCUCUGUAUCAUUAUUUUCCACCAAUCAGUGCUCUCAUUCUUGGCAAGUGACCAAUCCAUCCCUCUACAUCAUAAAAUGUCAUGGUCAGUGACAUGCAUGGGCUUCGCUGGAGCUCUGGUUAUUAUAGCCGGGGCCUUGUUUUGGAUUCUUACUCUUCCAUACAGUCUUUGGGAAAGGUGCUUUCCUAAAAAGAACAGUGACAUCUAGCAGUGAGGCUGAGGUGGACUUUGCCUAAUUUUGCACUGUCCUGUUCAUACUGUGAAACAGACAACAGUAUUCCAAGCCAUCUUGGAGAAUGUGAGGGGCAGAAGAAUUCAUGGAGUUCUUAUCCACUGGUAAAAGCCUUAAAUGUCCCAGAAUGUGUUAAUGGAACAUUAUCUAAUGUUUCGUUUUUUUGUUUGGUGGUUGGCGAUGUGUAGCAUGAAUAUUAGAUAUGAGUUGGCACUGAAAGAAAUGUACAGGAGGUGUGCCAGGCCUGUUGGCAAAAGACACAUGCCGUUAAAGGAUAAAAUCAUUUAAAGAUCCGGUGAUGUGAUAAUACCUUAAAUUUAA